AUGUCGAACCAGAGUACUGGUGACACCAAGCCCCCAUGUUUACCCCGGAAUGGACUAGUGAAGAUCCCCAACCAGCCCAAUGGACUUGGCUCUGCCAGCAUCACCAAAGGGACACCAGCAGUGAAAAACCGGCUGUGCCAGCCUUCUUCCGUGCCUGCUAUCAUCAGCCCAGCCUUAUCCAAUCACAGUGACCUUCCCAUACCCAGUCUGGCAUCACCACUGUCCUUGGCAACUCUGGCAGGGGUGCCGUCCCCUUCUGGCACCUCCAUGGUGGGACUGAACUUGAGUGAGGCCUCCCCGACAAAUGAGCACCCCUCCCCAGAGAGGCACCCUGGCUCCCCCACGGAAAGGCAGCUUGCUGUGGAUGAGAAGAUCCUCAACCGUUUGUUCUGGUACUUUUCAGCCUGUGAGAAAUGUGUCCUGGCCCAGGUGUGUAAGGUGUGGAGGCGGGUCCUGUACCAGUCCAAGUUCUGGGUAGGCCUGACACCAGUGCUGCACACCAAAGAGCUCUACAACACCCUGCCCAGCGGUGAGAAGGAGUUUGUUAACCUCCAGGGCUUUGCUGUCCGGGGCUUUGACAGCUUUUGUCUGGUGGGGGUCUCGGACCUGGACAUUUGUGAGUUCAUUGACAACUACCCCCUGUCCAAGAAAGGGGUGAAGUCCAUGAGCCUUAAGAGAUCGACCAUCACGGAUGCAGGGCUCGAGGUGAUGCUGGAGCAGAUGCAGGGCGUGGUGCGCCUGGAGCUCUCUGGCUGCAAUGACUUCACAGAAGCCGGCCUGUGGUCAAGCCUGAACGCUCGCAUCACCUCCUUGAGCGUCAGCGACUGCAUCAAUGUGGCUGACGAUGCCAUCGCCGCCAUCUCCCAGCUGCUGCCCAACCUGACUGAGCUCAAUCUGCAGGCCUACCAUGUGACGGACACGGCCUUGGCCUACUUCACUGCCAAGCAGGGCUACACCACCCACACCCUGCGCCUCAGCUCCUGCUGGGAGAUCACCAACCAUGGGGUGGUCAACAUGGUGCACAGCCUGCCCAACCUGAGUGUGCUGAGUCUCUCUGGCUGUUCCAAGGUGACUGAUGAUGGGGUGGAGCUCGUGGCUGAGAACCUGCGGAAGCUAAGGAGCUUGGACCUGUCAUGGUGCCCUCGGAUCACUGACAUGGCCCUGGAGUAUAUCGCCUGUGACCUGCAUAAACUGGAGGAGCUCGUGCUUGACAGGUGUGUGCGGAUUACAGACACUGGACUUAGUUACUUAUCCACCAUGUCAUCCCUUAGGAGCCUGUACCUCCGCUGGUGCUGCCAGGUGCAAGACUUUGGCCUGAAGCAUCUCCUGGGCAUGAGAAGUUUGCGCCUGUUGUCUCUUGCUGGCUGCCCGCUGCUGACCACCACUGGGCUCUCAGGCCUUGUCCAACUUCAAGACCUGGAGGAGCUGGAGCUGACCAACUGUCCUGGCGCCACCCCCGAGCUGUUCAAGUAUUUCUCCCAGCAUCUGCCGCACUGCAUGGUGAUCGAAUAA